CCCUGCUAUCAUCGCAUGUCCGUGGGUAUCUCCCCUCACCCCAAAGUCUCCUUUCCUUCUGAACACCCCCUGGGAUGCUGGGCAGAGAGGGCCUCAUCCACAUCCUACCACUGGCCAAGACGGGGUGUCUCCCUCCUCCUUGGCCCCCCCCAGCCCGUGCUACCAGACCAUGACCCCAAAGCCUGGGAGCAGCCCCUCCCGCACCGCUGCGUGCCCAGUGUAGCCACUGUUCUACUCACAGACAGCAAGGCCAUCGUGGACGGGAACCUGAAGCUGAUCCUGGGCCUCAUCUGGACCCUGAUCCUGCACUAUUCCAUCUCCAUGCCCAUGUGGGAUGAGGAGGAGGAUGAGGAGGCCAAGAAGCAGACCCCCAAGCAGAGGCUCCUGGGCUGGAUCCAGAACAAGCUGCCACAGCUGCCCAUCACCAACUUCAGCCGGGACUGGCAGAGCGGCCGGGCCCUGGGUGCCCUGGUCGACAGCUGUGCCCCGGGCCUGUGUCCUGACUGGGACUCUUGGGAUGCCAGCAAGCCCGUGAACAAUGCACGAGAGGCCAUGCAGCAGGCGGAUGACUGGCUGGGCAUCCCCCAGGUGAUCACCCCCGAGGAGAUUGUGGACCCCAACGUGGACGAGCAUUCUGUCAUGACCUACCUGUCCCAGUUCCCCAAGGCCAAGCUGAAGCCAGGGGCUCCCUUGCGGCCCAAACUGAACCCGAAGAAAGCCCGUGCCUACGGGCCAGGCAUCGAGCCCACAGGCAACAUGGUGAAGAAGCGGGCAGAGUUCACUGUGGAGACCAGAAGUGCCGGCCAGGGAGAGGUGCUGGUGUACGUGGAGGACCCGGCCGGACACCAGGAGGAGGCAAAAGUGACUGCCAAUAAUGACAAGAACCGCACCUUUUCCGUCUGGUACGUCCCCGAGGUGACGGGGACUCAUAAGGUCACUGUGCUAUUUGCUGGCCAGCACAUCGCCAAGAGCCCCUUCGAGGUGUACGUGGAUAAGUCACAGGGUGACGCCAGCAAAGUGACAGCCCAAGGCCCCGGCCUGGAGCCCAGUGGCAACAUCGCCAACAAGACCACCUACUUUGAGAUCUUUACAGCAGGAGCUGGCACGGGCGAGGUUGAGGUUGUGAUCCAGGACCCCGCGGGACAGAAGGGCACGGUGGAGCCUCAGCUGGAGGCCCGGGGCGACAGCACAUACCGCUGCACCUACCAGCCCACCAUGGAGGGUGUCCACACUGUGCACGUCACGUUUGCCGGCGUGCCCAUCCCUCGCAGCCCCUACGCUGUCACUGUUGGCCAAGCCUGUAACCCGAGUGCCUGCCGGGCAGUCGGCCGGGGCCUCCAGCCCAAGGGUGUGCGGGUGAAGGAGACAGCCGACUUCAAGGUGUACACAAAGGGCGCUGGCAGCGGGGAGCUGAAGGUCACGGUGAAGGGCCCUAAGGGAGAGGAGCGCGUGAAGCAGAAGGACCUGGGGGAUGGUGUGUAUGGCUUCGAGUAUUACCCCACGGUCCCUGGGACCUAUAUCGUCACCAUCACUUGGGGUGGUCAGAACAUUGGGCGCAGUCCCUUCGAGGUGAAGGUGGGCACCGAGUGUGGCAAUCAGAAGGUGCGGGCAUGGGGCCCUGGGCUGGAGGGCGGCGUCGUUGGCAAGUCAGCAGACUUUGUGGUGGAGGCUAUUGGGGACGACGUGGGCACCCUGGGCUUCUCGGUGGAAGGUCCAUCGCAGGCCAAGAUCGAAUGUGACGACAAGGGUGAUGGCUCCUGUGAUGUGCGCUACUGGCCGCAGGAGGCUGGCGAGUAUGCCGUUCACGUGCUGUGCAAUAGUGAGGACAUCCGCCUCAGCCCCUUCAUGGCCGACAUCCGCGAUGCACCCCAGGACUUCCACCCAGACAGGGUGAAGGCACGUGGGCCUGGAUUGGAGAAGACAGGUGUGGCCGUUAACAAGCCAGCAGAGUUCACAGUGGACGCCAAGCACGGUGGCAAGGCCCCACUCCGGGUCCAAGUCCAGGACAAUGAAGGCUGCCCUGUGGAAGCAUUGGUCAAGGACAAUGGCAACGGCACGUACAGCUGUUCCUAUGUGCCCAGGAAGCCAGUGAAGCACACAGCCAUGGUGUCCUGGGGAGGCGUCAGCAUCCCCAACAGCCCCUUCAGGGUGAGUCGACCUCCAGCAGCCUUCAGUCCAUCUCGAUAGCAUUCAGAUAGCACG